UUCUUUCUAGUUUUCUCAUCGUUUACCACAGCAUUCUGCAACUGAAUCAAUUUGUCAAGUUUAAUAUUUUAAAUGGAAUCGAAAAAAGCAAUAAUCCUCAUCCUUGGCCUUAUGGCUAUGGUUCUUGUUUUCUCCUUUGAGGUGUCAGCUAGAGUCCUCACUGAACCAUCCUCCAAUACCAAAAUGGAAUAUGUUGAAAAGCUGAAUGAUGACUACGGAGGUUAUCCGAUGAAUGGUGGUCUGGGUAAUUCUCUGCCUACUGGUGGUGGUCUUGGUAAUCCUCUGUCUACUGGCGGUGGUCUUGCUCAGAGUUUUUUGCGUGAUCGUCCUAGUGUUGGUGGUAUUCGUAAUUCUCUGUCUAAUGACUUUGAUCUUCUUCUGGAAUUUUUGCGUGAUCGUCCUAGUCUUGGUGGUCUUGUUGGCAGGAAAACUAAAAUAGACAACACUCGUAACUAAUAGCCAUGUCACCUUUUAUGACACACUUAUCUUAAUAAUAAAUUUCAUCAAUAAAUAAUGUUGUGUGUAGAUCAAGAGAGGGUUUGAUAGACAACCAUCUUUGUUGUUAUUAUAUCUAUCUUUCCGUUUUAGAGUAUUGAUAUUUCACUCGUGGAAAUCAUGUAUAAGUACAUCAUCGCUAUGUAUAAUUGAUGAUGAGUUUAAAUUUAAAUAAAUGUGCUUAUAAUAUAA